CACCAAUGGAUGUCUAACAUGUGUCACACAUCAUCAACAUCAACACUACCAUUCAAGUCGAUGGCUCAAUCUUGAAAACUAGAUAACCUGUUUUUCGUGUUUUUCUCUUUGAACCAAAAAAAUAGAAAAUAAAUAAAUAAAAGGCAUGAAUCUACGACCCUUCCCUGACCGGAAAAUCUUCAUCGCAUUCUCCCUCCUUGCUCUCAUCGGCGGCGGCCUCGUAGUUUUCUCCUUCAUCGGCGAUGGUACCAACCAACUCAUCUGCACCGGAGCCUUCGACAACUUCCAAUCCUCGGCGGCUUCGAUGCAACUCCGGGCAAUCCUCCACUACGCCACGUCCAAAACCGUCCCUCAACAAUCGCUCAACGAGAUCUCCAUCUCCUUCAACGUUCUCAAAUCCAUCUCCCCUUGCAAUUUCCUCGUUUUCGGCCUCGGUCACGAUUCCCUGAUGUGGGCGUCGUUUAACCCCGGCGGCGUAACUUUAUUUCUCGAAGAAGAUCCGAAAUGGGUCCAAGCCGUUCUCAAAGACGCACCGGAUCUCAAAGCGGUGAACGUUAAGUACCGGACACAGCUCUCUCAGGCCGACGACCUUAUGAAAACAUAUCGGUCGGAACCAGAAUGUUCUCCAACCAAAUCGUACAUCCGGGGCAACACGCGGUGUCGGUUAGCUCUUACGGGUUUGCCCGAUGCGGUGUAUGAUAAGGAGUGGGAUAUCAUCAUGAUUGAUGCUCCGAGGGGUUGGUUUGCUGAAGCGCCCGGUAGGAUGGGGGCGAUUUACUCCGCCGCUGUCAUGGCGAGAAACAGGAAAAAGCCCGGCGUGACGCACGUGUUUUUGCACGAUGUUGAUCGGAAGGUCGAGAAGGCUUAUGCAGAAGAGUUUUUGUGUCGGAAGAAUAGGAAGGAUGGUACCGGACGGUUAUGGCAUUUUGAGAUUCCGCCGGCGUGGAAUGUUACCGACGGGAAGGGCGGCACUAGUUUUUGCUAGGACGAUGAACCACCGUAGCGUUGGUGGUGUGGCUUUGUAGUCUUUUUAGUAUGUUAUCUUUCUAUACAAUCAUGAGUCAUGUGUUCUAAACUCUUUUUCUUUUUAUUUUUGGUAUGAUUAAAAUAUCGUUGCUGUA